CCACAGUGCACAUGCGCAGUGGCAAAAAGAUUGGAAGCUCGGCAGAGAUGGCUGCGAAGAGUUUUGCUUCCAGACUUAAAGGCUCCCGGCGAUUUCUGAGUGGUUUCCUGGCCGGGGCUGUAGUGGGCGCGACAGGAGCAGGGCUGACGGCCCUGCAGUUUUUUCGGAGCCGGGGCGCUGGGGCAGCGUUGGCAGCGAGGGAGCCGGACGAAUCUGCAGAAAAGGCUGUAUUGGAACAAUUUGGAUUUCCUCUAACUGGAACAGAGACUAGGUGUUAUACUAAUCAUGCCUUGUCUUAUGAUCAGACAAAGCGGGUGCCUAGAUGGGUUCUCGAACAUAUAUCCAGAAAUAAGAUAAUGGGUGAUGCCGACAGAAAACAUUGUAAAUUCAAGCCGGAUCCCAACAUCCCUCCAGCCUUCAGUGCCUUCAAUGAGGACUAUUUUGGAAGUGGCUGGUCACGAGGACACAUGGCUCCAGCAGGAAAUAACAAAUUUUCUAGUAAAGCCAUGGCUGAAACCUUUUACCUUUCUAAUAUUGUGCCUCAGAAUUUUGAUAAUAAUUCUGGAUAUUGGAACAGAAUAGAAAUGUACUGUCGUGAACUGACAGAGAGGUUUGAAGAUGUUUGGGUGGUGUCUGGACCUUUAACCUUACCUCAGACUAGAAGUGAUGGGAAAAAAACAGUUAGUUACCAGGUGAUUGGUGAAGACAAUGUGGCAGUCCCCUCACACCUUUAUAAGGUGAUAUUGGCUCGCAGAAGCCCAGAGUCUACUGAACCGCUGGCACUGGGGGCCUUUGUGGUGCCCAAUGAAGCCAUUGGUUUCCAACCCCAGUUAACUGAAUUCCAAGUGAGCCUCCAGGACCUAGAGAAGUUGUCGGGACUGGUGUUUUUCCCUCGUUUGGAUAGAAGCAGUGAUAUCAGGAAUAUCUGUUCUGUGGACACCUGUAAGCUUCUGGAUUUCCAAGAGUUCACUCUGUACCUGAGCACAAGAAAGAUUGAGGGAGCCCGUUCAGUACUCAGACUGGAAAAGGUCAUGGAAAACUUGAAGAAUGCAGGAAUUGAACCAGAUGAUUACUUCAUGAGUCGCUAUGAGAAGAAGCUAAAAGAACUCAAAGCGAAGGAGCAGUCAGGAACCCAGACGGGAAAGCCAGCCUAGUUUUUAAUCUCAGAAGACGUGCUAAUCAGCUGAAAUGAGGCAGGCAUGCAUUCUUCAGGCUGAUGUAUUUCGUGGCUUUGCUUUAAAGAAAUGAUGGAAUCCUAAAUUUACAACUUAAAUUUCCUCUGAAGGAUGAAAAAUCUACAAUUUUUUUUGUCAUUGUCUUUUUGACUUGUGAACUAAUUACUAAGAGCAUUGUCAUAUCUCCAGAUCAAGAACUGGUCUUGUGUCAUGUUAUUAGGACUGUGUCCACUAGUUAACGCUGCGUUCAUGUCUCUCUGGAAGAACAGUGUGUGAAGGAAGGCAUUGUUUAUUUUUAUGUAUCCAAAUCAUACAUUGUCUUUGAUAUAUCUGCUUUGCUAUCUUGGAACUCGGUAUUGUAUGUUGUCUUUCCCAAGGAUCUGAGUUGGUCUUAAAGAAGGCUUUUAGAAACCCUCUAUUAUCCUGUCCAAAUAUAUAAUUUUAUUCUUUUCUUAUGCCCCAUAUUUCUCCACCUCUGUCUUCUUUGUGCUAAGCUCAGUGUUUUACUUAUAUUGUGACACAGUGAUCCUCUGGGGUAAACCCCACUACCCUCAUUUUAUAUCUGGGGAAAUUGAGGCUUAUAGAGCUUCAUAUCUUACCCUUGUUUUCACCUUUCCAGAGAUAUCACCACACAGAGCUAAGUGAAGACUGGUGGAUUUAAGUCUUCCUAACAUGAAGAUUUUUUGACUAAAAAAUGCAUUGCCCACUCCCAUGGAUAUUUGUCCUAAAGCCUGCUUGGUAAGAAGGGUCUAGUUUUCGUAUGCUACAUGAGCCAAAGGGACUUUAAUGUCCUCUAAUGUGAAUAGUCCUUAGCUCUUUGGAACAGAAAAAGUAGGUAUUUGAAAGCUCUUACUUGCUCCAGACAUGCCAUUCUUUUCUCCUAGUGCUCAGGUGGAGCUGGGUCCAUGUGUUCCUUGCUUCCCAGGUGAGCUUUUGUUCUCAAGACUAAGGGACCUAACAAGAGUGUGUGCUGAGUCACCAGUGCAGGACUGGCUGCCUCUGCACCUGCUUGUCUAGACCUGAGCGGCACAGGGCAGGUGGAGCUUGGGGCCAAAGCUCCAAAGACAGUUACCCCUGGAGGGAAGGGUGGCUGUUACUCUGAGUCAGAUCUCUAGAUUUGGGUUUACCCAGCAUCCUUUUAUGGGCUAUCGUAAGUUAUAGACAGUAAAAUAUCUUGAGGGAACAAGAACUUAUCUGUCAUACUGCUGAUGCCUUUCCAAGUAGUAUUAGAACAAUAUUUUGGUGUUUUGUGUUUGUCUCUAAUAGAAAUGCCAAGGCUUUAAGAUAAAGAUAAGAAGAUAAUGAGUGGC